AUGGCUCUUUUCCAGCACCCCGCGCGCAUCACCCGCCGCAUUCUAGCCAGCCAGAUUAUGAUGACCACCUCCUGCCAAGCCUCCACCCGUCACAUCCACACCUCCGCCGCCCAGACCGCAGCCAGUGAGCUGUUGAAGAAAGUCAAAGGCCAAAAGUUCGUCCGCAAACAGCUUCUUGAUGGAAACCAACUCCAGAAGCUGUCUCUUACCUUGGGCCGACGAUCAGAAUUCUGCACGGGGGAGCCACCAGACGGCACUUACCUUCCCUACGGUCACCACCUCGUGUACUUCACCCCCUCCCAGUUCGAGUCAGAGCUAGGAGCGGAUGGGUCAGACACAACAUUUAACUCGCCGGCCCCAUUCACGAGGAGGAUGUGGGCUGGAGGGGAGAUGCUGUGGAACCCACAGGUGCAACUGAGAAUAGGAGACAGAGUAGAGGAAACCACCGAGAUUCUCGAUGCCAAAGCGAAGAAGAGCCGUGAUGGGAGUGAGAUGGUGUUGGUGGAUGUGGAAAAGAUAUUUGCUUCUCCUCGGGGGGUAGCUCUUACUGACAGAAGAUCAUGGAUCUUCCGCCAACCACUACCUGCACCGCCUACUGGCUCAAUCGCUCCAGUUAUUACGAUACCCACCACUAAGUCCCAUAUUCAGGAUGACACAGAUCUAAAGGCAGGGUAUACCAUGCGCAAUCUUGUCUGGUCCCCUGUUGCGCUGUUUCAGUUCUCUGCCCUGACGUUCAACGCGCACAUGAUCCACUUCAACGAAAGCUGGACGAGGCAGGUGGAGGGUCACCCGAAUGUGGUUGUGCAUGGGCCCUUGAAUCUAAUUAAUCUGAUGAAUUACUGGCGGGAUGUUCACUCACGGGAUGGGGCAAUCAAGGCGAAGAGUAUUGCUUACCGAGCUUUGUCACCGCUGUAUGCGGAGGAGGAGUACACCAUUGGGACGGAGGCUGUGGAGGAAGGUAAUGGGGAGACAAUAAGAUACAGACUGGUGGUCAAAAGGGGCGAGGUGGUUUGCAUGAGGGGGGAGGUUGUUGGUGUCCGGCCAAAAUAG